AUGGCCCCCGCGGCGGGAAGUCUGGCACCCGCUCGAUGCCGCUCUAUGGCGGGACGCAGCGACGUGGGGGCAACGGCGUCGGGGAGGGGCGCGCCCAGCGCCGUGGAUCUCGCUGAUCGGAGUGCCACCCGAUUCCUGCGGCGCCACCUCCUGCAGCUGGCGCCCUACACGCCCAUAGAGCCCUUCGAGGUGCUGUCGGCGAAACUCGGCCGAAGGAUGGAGGACAUCAUCAAGCUUGAUGCCAACGAAAAUCCGUACGGACCGCCGCCGGAGGUGCUUGCGGCGCUGGGGUCAAUGAAUUUCCCGCACAUAUACCCGGAUCCCGAAAGCAGGCGGCUGCGGAGUGCUCUGGCCCAAUGGACCGGUGUGCCAAUGGAGCAUCUUCUGGUUGGAUGUGGUGCUGACGAGCUUCUCGACCUUCUCAUGCGGUGCACACUGGAGCCAGAAGAUUUUAUUGUGGACUGCCCCCCAACUUUCACCAUGUAUGCAUUUGAUGCAGCAGUGAAUGGGGCUCAGGUUGUGACUGUGCCAAGACUCAAGGACUUUCAACUGGAUGUAGAGGGCAUCAGGCAGGCAGUAGAAGACCACAAGCCCAAACUGGUGUUCUUGACUUCUCCAAACAACCCUGAUGGCAGCCUGAUAAGCAGUGAAGAUCUAGAGGCGGUGCUGGCGAUGCCCGUGCUUGUUGUCUUGGAUGAGGCGUACAUAGAGUUUGCCAACGAGCCCUCCAGGAUCCAAUGGGUCAAGGACUGCCCAAACCUGGUUGUCAUGAGGACUUUCAGCAAGUGUGCAGCUCUGGCUGGUCUUCGUGUGGGCUAUGGCGCUUUCCCCCUGGACAUUGUGGAGUAUUUGUGGCGAGCAAAACAACCAUACAAUGUCUCUGCAGCAGCUGAAGUUGCUGCCUGUGCUGCACUGGGAAACCAGACAUACCUACAGGAAGUUCGCCAGGCAUUGGUAACUGAACGGGAGCGGUUGUAUAAAGGACUGCAAGCCAUAUCGUUUCUGGAGCCCUACCCAUCUCACUCGAACUUCAUUUUAUGCAAGGUUUCAGGAAACCAAACAGCCAAGCAGCUGAAGGAAAAUUUGGCUCAAAGGGGGAUCAUGGUGCGGCACUAUGACAAAAGAGAGUUGCAGGGGUACAUUCGAAUAUCUGUGGGGCGAGCAGAGCACACAGAUGCACUCUUGGUCGCCUUGAAUGAGCUGUGUGGUACACCGUCACCAUGA